UGGUGUUUCAUGUAAAUUAAAUGGUCAACGUUGCACCUCAACAGCUUUUUUACGUAAUAAAUAUUGUACAUGUAUUUAACAUGUUUUUAAAUUAAUGGUCAGUACAGUUUUCUGGCAGACUAUUGUUCAAAUAUAAAUUAAAUUUAUAACUGCCAUCUGUCAUCAUAAUGUCUUCAAGUCAAAGUGGUUCUGAAUUUCCAACUGCCAUAGACCAACAGAACAAAAAGUUUACCACCAUAAUUAUUUAUCCAACGGUGACUCCGGAGAAGAUAAUCAUACCAAUGGUAUCGUGUAUUUUGGGGUUUCCGUUGUUGGCGCUAAUGGUAAUAUGCUGUUUAAGACGUAGAGCCAAAUUAGCGAGGGAUCGAGAUCGUCGAAGAAAUUUAGGAUUUGCUCGAGCGUGCACAAGUGACCAAGGAGUGAUAUCUUUGGCACGGUUUAGUCCUAUGCAUAAAAUCGGCGUAUACCUAGCAGCAGGGGCGAACGCCAGUGGUGGUGCAUUGCCGUCGCCACUAUCAUCCGGUGGUCGGAACCACCCGCUGCGCAGCGAGAGCCGAUCGUACGCGUCCUGUGACCUGGAUCCCGUCAUGGAAGAGCGGAGCGAGAUGGACAGCAGCUGUGGUGGAGCUACUGGUAGUGGACCAUUGGCCGGAUCAGGGACUGUGGCCGAUGGUGAUGGAGUCGUUGGCGGCGGAGCGGUCGAGGCGCUCGUGUGUCCAGACAGCUAGCAACACGUGCUGGCCAUCGCCAGGAUAUCGGUGGCCGUACAGACGGAUAAACCGCCACCCCGACCAGUCAGGUCACCACUGUGGAACACGCUCACCAACAACCCGCCGGACGAGGUAGUCAGCUGACAUCCGGCCCGACCUGAACAGCUCAAGGCCAUCGCAAUUAUAGAACCUUGAUGGGCCUGACUACGAGAUACACUCACCCUAUCUCAUCAACGGCUCAUUCACCAACCGGYAACCGGUAYAGGCGAACAUUUUCGCAGCUUUAUAAACUUUAUUGUACCAUCUUGUCAUCAUGAUAAUACUAUGUUAUUAUACCACCCGAUAAAGAUAAGUUCAUACGAAAAUGCCAUAUAUUAUGUACUCGAGCAUUGCAAUAGUUUGUUUUAUAAUGUUAUGCUCGUAUUAUGUUCGAUCUAGUUUGAGAGACCGUUUAGAUAUUAUCUGGAAAAUUAAGUUUGGUGGCGAUGUAUAUAUAUAUAUAUAUAUAUGUUAUUAGUUUAUAAAAUAUUAGUUUAGUUUGUAUUUUUUUUAGUUCGUACAAUGCUUACCAAUCAAAUACCUGCAGAACGUUAACUUCUAUGAGUUUUUGACGGACUGUUCAACUAAAAUAUAUCCGAUCAGACCAGUGAAAACACAUACCUUAAAAUUCAAAUAAUCCGGAUAUUUGUAUCUUAAAAUAGGUACUUGGACUUUGAUGAAAUUCACACAAUAUUCUUCUUUACUAAAUCACUAUCUCCUCCUCUACUUCUACCUGUAUUUCGUUCAAAUGGAUAUCACCAACUCGUGGAAAAUUUCAGUUUCAGUCUGAUGKGCAUAAACUUUAGCUUAACUUUCCAAACAAACAAUCUAGACCACACCCACUUAUACGAGUAUAUAUAUAAAUACUUAUGCGGGUAUGUAUGUGAACACAAUGUAUCUAUCACAGCUGUUGAGCUGUACCAUACUCUACUUCUACCCUCUACCAUGUCAACCCUUAACAUGUCGCCAUCAUCACGUGCCACUUUAUACUAAUAUUCACACACACAUAAUUACUUUUCAAACUUUUAUCGACUGGAUACCGAAAUCAUGUUUGUUUAGGUGACGGUAACGAAUCGGAUAAAUCCUAAAAUAAACUUUAAAAACUACAUUUUACGAUCAUCAUCCGUUUGGACCAACAAACCAACUUAUUGCUCUCUCUUUUGUUAUUAAGUGUCACAACGCAGCCUUUGUGACUUGACAGUUGACAGUAGAUAUAUAUUUUUGCUUUUAUUAGGUAGAUAGAUACAUACAUGGAAUACCUAUAUGGUUGUAUGUUAUAUUACUAUGUAGGUACUCAAUAACUACUCCUGUUUGUAACUUAUAGAUAGGUAGAAUUGAAGCUAGAUGAUAACUACUUACCACCUAGUAUAUUCCUUAUUUGUUGAAUACAUUUGUCUAGUGUAUAUUUUUAUCAUACUUAAUAUAUGGUAACUAUAAUAAUAUAUAAAUUAUUUAUAUGUCCGCUAU